AUGACAGGCAUUCCAUUUGAAUCGAAAGAAAUUGCAUUACGAAAACUUGAACAGAUGACCGAUGAAUAUGCUCAAAUAAAUCCAUUUAAAAAAGUACCAGUUAUAGAAGAUUCUGGAUUUAUUCUUACUGAAAGUGUGGCAAUUUUCAAUUAUCUUUGUGAUAAAUACAAAAUGCAUAAUUGGUAUCCAACAGAUUUAAAACAACGAGCACAUGUUAAUGAAUAUGCUCAUUGGCAACAUUUAAAUUUACGUGCUACGGGAUCAAUGCUUUUUCGUACUAAAAUCAUUACACCUCGUAUAGGAUCAUGCAUAAAGGAUGUUCAGUGUCAUCGGAACAGUUAA